UGUAUAAGGGUUUGUGAGUAAAAUUGGCCUCCUUCGCGGACCUAGCCGAUUACGUUUCCAUUGUAUUACGUGAACGACAACACGUGAAAAGUGAUUCGCACGUUGAUUUGCGUGUUCACGGGCAUGACGACGAUGUCGUCCAAGAAGCGACGUUCUUCGCUCGUUUAAACAUUGUCGAUGUACACUCUCGUCGCUGACCUGGAGACCGGCGACAGGAGCCAUGCUGCAGGACAACCCCCGACACAAGAGGCAGAUGAAAAUGACAGCGACGAGUCGUCAUCAUCUUGUCAGCUAGGGAACGCCAACAACAAGCCCAGCACCAUGGCGGCUGAGGAGGGUGUGCUGAGUGGCGGACUUGGGGCGAAAUUAAAAUGUCCGACCCCUAUAUCGCGCUUGAGGGUGGAGAAGAUCGAAGGUGGUCUCAUGGUAGCUGGGGUUGUAAUAGCUGCGAACUGCCAGAUUGCUCUUCCGGCAUUCGGCUUUCUCUUUAUGCUCGUCGGCGCUGUGCUCACUGCUGCUUCGUAUCGUGGACCCGGCGAGGACGAGGAUAAGGACUCGUACGCGGCUAGAAUCGCGUUCACGGGAAACUCACGGAUUCUUGGACCAAUCUGCAUAGUCGUGGGCGCCCUUAUGCUCGCCCUUGGUGUGUUGCUUUGCAUGCUCACCAGAAGGGCGAGAAGAAGGGAGCGUAGGGUCGGUUUCCAUUGUCCUCUACACGGAGAUUUUUACCCCCUGAGUCCUGUUCAGGGUGUCAAGAUGCUCGGUAUGUCAGGGAAAGAUGUUAGCGGCUGGUCGAAAAUCCCCUGUUUGAAAGGACGUUCCACGAACAAAGGUGGAAAUGCAUCCGCGGGUGCACACAUUGGACCACCACAGUGCCCACAUUCUGUGUUAAGCAGUACUCGUAGCUCAGUUAGCAGUUCACCUUUGAGUCCAUGUCCAACACCUAUGCCAUUUUUGGUCACUUCGGGCUCGGUCAGUAGCGGGAUGGUGCAAAGUGUUGGUGCUAAUUUAUCCCCGGACCAAACAUUUGGAUCGAUUCGGUCGCUCUCAGUGACGAGAGAAGUUGCCAGUUUUCCUCUUUCAAGAACGCCUACGCCGCCUCCACAGCACAGAGCACCCACGUUCACGAAUCCAGAGGACUUAGUGAAUGUAGGGAGCCCGCUGAGGGAAGCUUCACCCCGACCAGAAGUGAGGGUGGUCGCGCCGUCACACCGAUCACCAGCCCUUGCGACGGCCACCAGUACGAGCAACGCGAGUAAUGGUUCUGCGAAUCGCAAGUCGGUCAGCAUACUGCUUCCCGAGCACUCGAGUGGAUGACCCCAACAGCAGCACGGGUUUGUGCAUCGUUGCGACAAGGAUCCGCCAUCGAUUUAGGAAUCCACGGGAAACGGGACAGCGAAGAAGAGGACGGCGGAAGCAACGAUGAUGGGGCUCGAUUGCGCAACGAAUAGGACGCGGGUUUCAUCGAAUAGUCGGGAUACUCGAGUUUCGAAUGUGUACGAACAUCAGCCGGCGGCGUUCCGGAAUUUUUAGAUAAAUUCAGCCAUGUCGUGCCGCGGGGAUAAUCGCGUUCACAGCGAAUAGGAGAAUUGGUUCUUGG